UUAAGAUGUCUGCAGAGAAUAGAAACAGCGAGCGAUGUGCAAACAAAACACAAUCCACAGGGUUGGCAGGGCAGUAAGUGCACCUAUUUUUUUUUCUACCUGCAUGGCGCAGCAAAUGGGAAUCGUUAAUUAGACUGUACGGUGAAUGUAAGGACGAAUAGGAGGCACUUCCUCCAAGAACUCAUUCACCUUUCAAGUCCGACCCUCUCUCAAGUUUCAUUUUGGAGUUCUUAGCCACCUUUCAGGUCGUCAUCAGCAUCUCACCUGUACUGCAGGACCAUGGAUUUCACACGGUCGAAGAUUUCAAAGGCGCUUCAGCUUCACGUCGCGGAAAAGAGGCGGUAUACGUGCAUCUGGAAGGGUUAGGAAACCUGCCAAUGUGAACGGAAAAGCCUGACCACUUUAUGUUACAGUGCAUGGCCUCUGGACAAAGUGGCAACGAUCAUGCACAAACCCCUCCGAAAGCGGAGUCUCUACGUGUUCCUGUGUUUUGGCAUCAUAUACCUCAGACUUGGGGCCCUGUCCUCGGUGGUGGCUCUGGGUGCCAACAUCAUCUGCAACAAGAUUCCCGGGCUGGCACCUCGCCAGCGGGCCAUCUGCCAGAGCCGCCCGGACGCCAUCAUUGUUGUGGGCGAAGGCGCCCAGAUGGGCAUCAAUGAGUGUCAGUACCAGUUCCGAUAUGGACGCUGGAACUGUUCGGCGCUGGGAGAAAGGACAGUCUUCGGUCAGGAGCUGCGAGUAGGCAGCCGGGAAGCAGCGUUUACCUACGCCAUCACAGCGGCAGGGGUGGCCCACGCCAUCACAGCAGCAUGCAGCCAGGGCAACUUGAGCCAGUGUGGCUGCGACCGGGAGAAGCAGGGGUAUUACAAUCAGGAGGAGGGCUGGAAGUGGGGAGGCUGCUCGGCUGACAUCAAAUACGGAAUCGAGUUCUCUCGCCGCUUCGUGGAUGCCCGCGAGAUUAAAAAGACCCCACGCCGUCUGAUGAACUUGCAUAACAAUGAGGCAGGGAGAAAGGUACUAGAAGAAAGGAUGAAGCUAGAGUGCAAGUGCCAUGGCGUCUCGGGUUCCUGCACCACCAAGACCUGUUGGACUACACUUCCCAAGUUCCGAGAGAUUGGCUACGUACUCAAGGACAAGUACAACGAAGCCGUGCAUGUGGAGGUAGUCAGGGCGAGCCGACUGCGCCAGCCCACCCACCUCAAGGUGAAGCAGACUCAGGGCUACCGCAAGCCCAUGGAGACAGACCUCGUCUACAUCGAGAGGUCACCCAACUACUGCGAGGAGGACGCAGCCACGGGGAGCGUGGGUACCCAGGGACGCCUGUGCAACCGCACCUCGCAACACACAGACGGCUGCGACCUCAUGUGCUGCGGGCGGGGCUACAAUACACACCAGUACACCAAAGUGUGGCAGUGCAAUUGUAAGUUCCAAUGGUGCUGCUUCGUCAAGUGCAACACGUGCAGUGAGAGGACGGAGGUGUUUACCUGCAAAUAAGGACAUGAGGAACUCAGUGCCAGGAAGUGAGGCGCCAAGGACUAACUGAAUGAGGAAGACUCGAGGGAGCGAGAUAAAGCGUGACGUGGACCAGUGAGAGAUUUCGAAAUAAAGGAAUGGAAUUUACACUAUCAGCUCUUCAUGGCAUCGUUUUGCACAGCAGAAUCUAUCUAAUUUCUUUUCAGAAAGUAAAUGCUAAAUAUCAGUAGGUAAUACCCCAGAACUUUACUGUCACAUAGAGAUUGUGCUCAUGUACUGAUGUAUCCGCAGUGAAGUUGGGACUACAGGUAAUGAAUGAGGCCCGCGGUGGGAACUGUGCUUUGCACUCUGGGAUUUGUAAUUGUUAAAUUCACAAGAGACUCAUGCAUGGAGAGGACGCACAGUAACCUGGGAGUUGAUCAAAAUGACAGCAGCUGAUGAGGGGUGACUGGGAGAGAUAUGUCAAGUCUUUGAUUGAAAACUUUUAAGGGUUUUGUCGUAUUUUCACUAAAGGGGAGCAAAAGUGAAUCUUGACAUGAAUGACCCCCCAAAUUGGCUGGGGCUUAUGUUGGAGGUUUGUAGAAAUGAAGAACAUUUUGUAAGUAUGGUGCGUUGGGGUGCGCCAAAAUCUGAGUGGAGAACUCUGUUAAACCCUCUGCUGCCAACUGGAAUAUGGUGGAGUAUGUUAGUUUUCCAGUCACACUGGAACUGUCUGUUCUGAACACUGAAAAUAAAUUGUUUAUUUAUGUUAUAGUAUCUUAAAACGAAGCACUAACGGGUAGAGAUGUCUUUUUUGUACUAAGUGUAAAGAAAAAUACUUUUUAGAAACUCUGACUGAAAAUGUGUGUCUAUUAGCAAAUCCCCCCCCCCCCCC